CAGACAUACAAGGACUAGCUAGACAAGCCAGACUUUGGGACACAGAGAGACCCUGGAGAGCCUCUGCCAAUCAGAGUAAACAAUACUAAGGUGAAGGAGCAAGGAGAUGGGCCCUGCUGCUUAUCAUGUCAUCACUCUCGGCUUCCUCAGCUGUUUGGUUGCCAGCCACUCCACAGAAGCAGCUGCGGCGUUGAUUGCUGGCUCCCAUUCGCCUUGCCCGAGGGACUGGCUGUUCUAUGAGGGCAACUGCUACGGGUACUUCUCUGACAAGAAGUGUUGGAAAGAGGCAGAGGAAGAGUGCCAAAAGCAGGGGUCUCACUUGGCCUCCAUCCUCAGCAAGCAGGAAUGCUGCCACCUCAGGAGGUACCUCUCCAAGUUCCUGCCAGAUGGAGACGUCUGGAUUGGGCUACACAACCCUCAGAAGGAUCCCAGAAGCACAUCCUGGCAGUGGAGCGAUGGACUCGUGUUUGACCACACUGAAUGGAGUCCAGGGCAGCCAAACAAUUAUGGCGAGGCUGGAGAGUUUUGUGUAGAGUUGUGGCGAUCCACAGGUUUCAAGAGAUGGAACGACGAGGUCUGCCGCCGUAAGAACAGCUUUGUGUGCAAGUACGAGGCUCAGAUGAACGAAGAGGAGAUUGACUGCGAGUGAGUGGCAGGAACAGGCACCUCCAACCUCCUGCUUUCCAUUGCCCUGGUGGGUU